GUGAGUUCAGCUCUGUUCUCCGCUGCGUACAUGUCGGCCAGGGUUUUUAUCAGCUAAUCAGAACAAACAGUCUUCAUCGAUUAUUUUUAAACUAUAUAUAUAUAUAUAUAUAUACAUAUAUAUAAUAUAUAUAUAACGGCACAAAAUGGCCACUGACUCAGGCUACGGUGGUUCUCAAAGCUAUGGAUCAUAUGGCGGUCAGCAGGGCGGACAGGGUUAUGGACAAGGAAAUGGCAGUGGCUCUUAUGGGGGACAGAGUUACAGUGGCUAUGGACAGCAAGGUGUGACACAAGACGGUUAUGCCCAGUCUCAGCAACAGAGCUAUGACAGUUUUGGACAGGAAUCAUCUGGGUAUGGCGACAAGUCGUCUUAUGGACAACAAGCUUCUUUUGGGCAGCAAGGUUCCUAUAGCGGCCAGGGGCAAGGAGACAGCUAUGGACAGCAAAGCUCCUACAGUGGUCAGGGACAGAGUGGCAGCAGCGGGUAUGGUAGCCAGGGGCAAGGAGGUGGCAGCUAUGGAAGAUGGAGUGAAGGUGAAGGUGGUGGUCAGGGUGGGAGGUUUGGACGUGACCACGGGGACCGUUCAGAAGGAGGGGGCUACAGAGGCCGAGGCCGUGGUGGCUAUGACCGUGGCAGUUAUGACCGCAGUGGUGGAUUUGACCGUGGUGGAUACGACCGCGGUGGAAGAGGUGGACCUCCUGGUAUGGGAGGUGGUGACCGUGGUGGCUACAAAAAUUACGGUGGCUCUCGAGACUACGGCUCAAGGGAUGAACCAUCUGGAGAACAGGACAACUCUGACAACAACACCAUUUUUGUACAGGGACUGGGAGAAGAUGCCACAGUUCAGGAAGUCGGCGACUUCUUCAAGCAAAUUGGUAUCAUCAAGGUGAAUAAGAAGACUGGCCAGCCAAUGAUUAACAUCUACUCUGACAAGGCCACCGGUCGGCCAAAGGGAGAAGCUACAGUAUCAUUUGAUGACCCGCCCUCUGCCAAAGCUGCCAUUGAAUGGUUUGAUGGAAAGGAUUUCAAUGGCAAACCCAUCAAAGUAUCAUUUGCCACCCGCAGAGCUGAGUUCACACAGAGAGGAGGUGGAAGAGGGGGAAGAGGAGGUUUCAGAGGUCGUGGUGGUGGAGGACCCAAUUUUGACAUUAAGGGAGGAGAUUGGCCCUGUCCCAACAGCUCUUGCGGCAACAUGAAUUUUGCACGGCGGCAAGAGUGUAACAAGUGUGGUGCACCCAAACCAGGAGAUGGAGGAUUUGGAGGUGGAGACCGUGGAGGCAGAGGAAGUUAUGGCGGUGACAGAGGCGGAGGCUUCAGAGGUCGCGGAGGUUUCCGUGGGGGAGACCGUGGAAGCUACGGAGGAGGUGGCGGAGGAUUCGGAGGUGGCUACAAGAUGGGAGGAAGAGGUGACCGUAGGGACGACAGAAGAGACCGGCCAUACUAAUCGUUAAACAGAUGGAAACAAUUCCAGCCCUGGAGUUUGCCGUGGAGGAAGGGUUUAGUUUGGGAAAACUGAGAAAAUGAUCUGGAAAGGGAAUAGAUCAGAUAUUCUGAUUUGUGUACCUUUUUUGUAGCUAGUGCAUCCCACUAAUUACUGUUCAUCUGAGUGAGGGAAGGAUGUGUUGAGCUAAUGUGAAGGAACUUUGGGGCUGAUUGGCACUGUUGGCAUGUGUUCAAAUGUUUGUUUGGGUUUUUUUUUCUUACUUUUUUUCGGUUUUAUUUCUUUGUACAUCCUUUUAAUUUUCUCUCAGAUUCUAGUUGCAGAUGUUUUUGUGAGGUAGACUUCGUACCAUUGUUUUGUAUGAACAAAUAAAAUGUUUUACUUGGGUUCUUUUUUUCCAAAAUGAUAUUAAAAAAACUGUGAUCUUUUC